CAGACCUAUCUUACUCUUUGUUUUUGGCAUUGUGUAUCAUCAGAAGACCAGAGUGACUGUCUGGUUUGCAUCAUAGCCACUCUACAGAAACAAGAACCAUUCAUUUAAAUUGACAGAUAAUUGAUUGAUCCGAGCAGGGCUUGAGCCAUGCUAGCAGAGGGCUUCAUCCGGGUCAUUGGAUACCAGGACAGCAGGUACACAGCCACUCCCAUGAGCCUCCACUGUCAGGAUGGAGGGAAAGACAAACCCAACCAGGAGGAUGCACUGAAAACAGACUUUGUAUUAGCAGAGUUCCCAGCGUGUACUGAAGCAACACAAGCAGAGAAAAAUGCAGAGCUUCCUCCGGCACAGAAGUCCACUGAUUCCCUUAAGCAGCCCUCUCCACUAACUCAACGGCUGCAGGUUCCACCUUACAAACAGAAAGUGUCCUGCGCUCGUCCUAUUCCUGCCAGUCCCCAAGACAGCUACAAUGGACUAGAGCUUUACCGUUCCUGGUCUUGCACAAGUAUCUGCAAGAACUAUCCGGACCUCCAGAUCCGAGGGGAUCACAUUGGAAACGUCAGCUCUGUUGGUUCUGGAUUAGCCAUCCGGGAAUACGAGUAUGAGACCUGCAGUGGACCUCUUUUGCAAUCUGGAGACCUGGAAGAUCUGGAGCUGGAACAGUCCACUGCAAACCACCAGGAGGAUGAGCUGUACCGAGAAGAACCAUCGGAUGAAGGCUACUUAGCUCUGGACCGCAGCAUUACUUUGCAGCAGGAGCCCCUCUCCAACUCCAUGCUCAACAGCUAUCUGGAGAAGAAGGUGUUGGAGGUCUACAAGCAAUACCUGGAGGACAGUUUGACCAAGUGUGCCUCCCCCAGUCACACGUUGGCCCAUAGCUUUGUCAUGCAGAACGUCAACCAGAUCAGCAUGCUGAUCUCUCAGGAGAAGAAGAUGGAAACCUCCAAGGUUCGGAGCAUGGUCCUUAAUUACCUGUUCAGCGCCAUCAGCGGGAACAGCUCUGAGUUCAGCACGCCCAAUCUGCACUUCUCAAACCUGGAGCAGAAGAGAUAUCCAGAGUCUUCCAAGAAAAAGACCACGAUCAGCCAUCAAGCCUUGUAGAAACUGAAAUAACAGUACUUCCCACACAUUACAGAAGUGGAUCUCAAUUCCACCUCUGAAGAACAAUUUGAAAAAUACCAGUGCAUUACCAAAUAGAAACAGUAGCAGAAAAAUAUGGAGACAACAGUAUUAACAUAAAUGGCAACUCAUUGAAUUAAGAACAAAUAUUGCAUAGCGGUCCUGAUAUGGCAACAUGAUGUUAGACCCAGCAAUAUAUGAUCAGUGUGAAUUGAUUGGCACAGGAACAAGUUUGUUCUUAAGAGCUGGAUUGUAUUUUUAUUAGCAUAACAAGUCUAAGAACAAAAUGCAAUGAACAAAUACAACAAUACAGUUUGUAGUGCAUUCUUUUUAGACCCGUGCUGGUACUGGAAAAGGGAAAAUCACUGAACAUCAAGAUGUUUGUAAAAGUUUUUAACCAGUGCUCAAUCCAAUCAGAGAGCAUACGAUUUAUAAAAUGAAAAGGAAAAAAUGUAUUGUAGGGGGCAAAAUAAGGACUAGGGUUGAGAAACACUGCUGUACCUAUUUAAGCAAAUUACACAAUUACUAUAAUGAUUUUAAACCCUCUGUGUGAAAUGUAAAGAAUCCCAUUAUACUUAUUCCAAAAUUCAGUUAUUAUCAGAAAAUUCAGUUGCAGGUAUUUCUAAGUAAAAAUGUUUACUGUGGUACAGUGUUAAAAACUCACUUCUAUAUACUGUGAAGCAUGAAUUUAGUACUGUAUUUGUAAGUCAUUAUAAAGUUAAUUGUUUUAAAAUUCUACAGACGAAGCACAUCCGGAUGUUUGUUUUAUCUGCGAACUCUAUUGUAAAAUUCUCUAUUUCUAUAUGUUUUUGUGACUGUACAUUUCCAGUGCUUGCUUCUAUGAUCUUACUGAAAUUUAAACCAUGUUUAAAAUAAAAUAUCAAUAUGUGAAUAAAUGCUGUGUUUCUGGUUAAAAAAAUAGAUUAAAAAUUGAAAAUACGGGU